CAGCAUCUGGUGCUCAUGCGCCUCCUCACCGGUGGCGCCGGAGCCGCCCCGGGCAUCCCUUUCAUAGUCCGCACGGUCGACGCCUUCGGGUCGACCGUCCUGGCCGAGGGCACCGACGCGACGGGGUUGCUGUACUGGGUGCACGCUUGGACUGUUGGUCCCGGCGGGCGCGUAACGGAGGUGCGUGAGUACUGCAACACGGUGCUCCUCGUGACCAGGCUCGGCCGUGCCGCGGAGGAGACGACGGCGUACUCGCAGCCGCCGUCGCAGCACGUGUGGCAGAGCCGGCUGCCGGACCACGCUCGCAGGAAGCUCCCUGCCCUCGUGCUCGCCAUCUGA